UGAAAAGAAAAGAUAAAACAAAGUACACAAAGACGAAUAACUAGCCGCCGUGAGCAGUUUUGAUUCAUGUUCUUCUACCCAACACACCCCUCCCUUUUUCCACCCUCCCCCAUGCCAAACAGAGAGAUUUAUCAGAAACAUCCAAAAGGCAAAAGGCAUAGAGAACCGUGUUGUAUUGUGUUAUAGUCUUUAGAGAGAGAAUCCCAACCCUUUCAUUCAAUUCAAUUACUCAGUCCUAUGAGAGAAGAGAAUCCUUUAGCUACUGUCUCAAUCUUCACAACGUUAUCUCCUUGUAACUUUGGAACCAACAACAACAACAACAUUAACACAUGGUUUUAUCCCUCUUAAACCAACACAACACUACUACUAGUACUAUGUCUAUGUCUAUCAUUCUCCACCUUAACUAUUUCACUUAUUCAAACUGAACUCAAUAUUCAUCUUCUUCUUCUCCUCAAUAUGGCUACUACUGCUUGUGCUUUGUUCAAUGGUGUUGGAGGAGGAAACACUGGUACCACUGAUGAAACCAACAACAAUAGUACCUCUAACUCAAGUAACAUCAGCAGUGAAGAUUUUCACAACAUGCCUCAACAACAACCUCAACCUCAUCACUCUGAAAGAAAGUUACUAAGAAAAAGAAUGGCUUCUGAAAUGGAACUUCAACUUCACAACACCAACACCAACAACGAUUAUCAUAGAUUUUCUCGUCGAACCAACAACAACACUUCCUCGUUGAACUGCUCUUUACCUGCAACAACACAAAAAGGUGUCACUACUACAACAACAACAACAACAUUAGCCUCAUCAGGUAAUAACAAUAAUAACAACAACUAUCAUUAUCAUAAUAAUAAUAGUAAUAUUAAUAUUAACAAUAAUAAUAAUAUUAGUCAACAUAACAACAACGUUGCUUUGUCACGAGAUAACGUUGCUAUUCAAAAUUUCCCUACUGUGACCGUCACAACCAACUACUCCACUAUGUUGCUACCUUCUUCUUGUUCUUCAAACCUCAACAAUUCCUCUACCUCUGCUACAAACUACACUCAUUAUCAACAACAACAACAACCACUUUUAGAAGAACAAAACACUCUUCCUGCUAUCUGUGGUUUCUCCGGUUUACCACUUUUUCCAUCUCAAAACAACCAAACAAACCGAACAAACAACAACAGCAGCAACAGAAAUAACACUACUAACGGUGUUGUUGAUGUUGUUGGUUCUUCUCCUUCAAUGGAAGAAACCUCGGCUACAACAAACUGGAUUGACGGUAUUUUGAAGGAUCUUAUUCAUACUUCAAACAGUGUUUCCAUUCCUCAGCUUAUCAACAAUGUUCGAGAGAUAAUAUAUCCUUGCAAUCCAAAUCUCGCUCUUGUUCUUGAACACAGGCUUCGUCUUCUCACAGAACCGAACACUUGUGUUCCAGAGAGAAAAAGAAACAACGCUGAAAAUGUUUUAGCUGCUCCUAAUGUUAAUAACUCCUCGGGGAAACUCAUGAACCGUGUUGAUGAUGUUGUUCAAACAAGUUUACAUUUUUCCGACUCUUCAACUCUUCUGAAUCAAAACCAACAUCAAAACAUGUUUCCCAAUUGGAGUACUGGUGCUACUCAAAUCAACAACAACCCUUUGGUUACUUUACCUUCGCAACCUCAAACCACACAGCAAGAUCAACAACAUCAACAUCAACUUCAACAGCAUCAUCAAGAAGAUCUUGCACCUGCACCAACAACAGCUACUACUUCUGCUGACAUGGCACUUGCGAGAAAGAAGAAAGAGGAGAUUAAAGAACAGAAGAAGAAAGAUGAAGAAGGUUUACACCUUCUAACACUUCUUCUCCAAUGUGCAGAAGCUGUAUCAGCAGAGAAUCUAGAACAAGCUAACAAGAUGCUACUCGAGAUUUCGCAGCUCUCGACGCCAUUCGGCACAUCAGCACAAAGAGUAGCAGCUUAUUUCUCAGAAGCCAUUUCAGCAAGACUAGUGAGUUCAUGUUUAGGAAUCUACGCAACACUUCCAGUUUCAUCACACACACCACACAACCAAAAAGUUGCUUCAGCUUUUCAAGUCUUCAAUGGAAUAAGUCCAUUUGUGAAAUUCUCUCAUUUCACUGCUAACCAAGCUAUACAAGAAGCAUUUGAAAGAGAAGAACGAGUUCACAUCAUAGAUCUUGACAUAAUGCAAGGCUUACAAUGGCCUGGUCUUUUUCACAUCCUUGCUUCAAGACCAGGUGGACCACCUUAUGUGAGACUCACUGGAUUAGGUACUUCCAUGGAAACACUUGAAGCCACUGGUAAACGUUUGUCUGACUUUGCUAACAAACUUGGUCUUCCUUUUGAGUUCUUUCCUGUUGCUGAGAAAGUCGGAAACAUUGAUGUUGAGAAGCUUAAUGUGAGUAAAUCAGAAGCUGUUGCUGUUCAUUGGUUGCAACAUUCUUUAUAUGAUGUCACUGGAUCAGAUACAAACACUUUGUGGCUCUUGCAAAGGUUGGCACCUAAAGUGGUAACAGUAGUGGAGCAAGACCUGAGCAAUGCAGGUUCAUUCUUGGGAAGGUUUGUGGAGGCAAUACAUUACUACUCAGCACUAUUUGACUCUCUUGGUUCAAGCUAUGGUGAAGAGAGUGAGGAGAGACAUGUGGUGGAGCAGCAGCUAUUAUCAAGAGAGAUUCGUAAUGUACUUGCGGUCGGAGGGCCGUCGAGAAGUGGCGAGAUAAAGUUUCAUAAUUGGAGAGAAAAGCUUCAACAGUGUGGUUUUAGAGGUAUCUCUUUGGCUGGUAAUGCUGCUACUCAAGCUAGUCUUCUUCUUGGUAUGUUCCCUUCUGAAGGGUAUACUUUGGUUGAGGAUAAUGGUAUUCUUAAACUUGGUUGGAAAGAUCUUUGUUUGCUUACUGCUUCUGCUUGGAGACCACCUCCCUAUCAUCCCAACACUGUCAUUCCUCAUCAUAACUAAUAAUCUCGACUAAAUAUGAUAGUCGAGAUUUGUAAUUGCGUGACUGCAGAUAAUUUAUUUUCAUAACUAACUUCUGUUUAGUUAUGAAAGUGAAUUCUCAGCAGUCACUUGUCAUUUGUUGUGAUGAUGAGAUUGGAUGGUUGAGAUUGUUGUUGGCCUUUUGAUUUUUCAUAUUCUAAUGCUAUGUAGCAUCUCUAUGUUGUUGUUCUAAUUGAAAUGUAAGAGAUAUUGUUAGGUGUUUUAGGAAGCAUGUGAUUUUUCUUGGUGCAAAAUGUGUACGGCUUCAGUGAUGACACAAAAGUAGUUAAUAAUAGAAGAGAGGGAUUUGAAAA